UUUCUUUCCAUAUGCACAAAAUGGAAUGUUUGUGUGAUAAUUCACUAACAGGAUCAAAUAUGUUGUUCACUGUAGACUCUUUAAACAUAAGUCUUUAUACAGUUACGGUUUAUGCAGAACGUCAUUUGUGUGACAUACACGGUAUUGAAUUGACAAUGAAAAUUCUGGGGGAAGUUAAACCUUUUUUUCCUUUCUCACUUCGCUAUGCUAGCUAUGUUUUUAUACAGCUGGAAACUGAGUUUUUUAACUUUAAAAGCAAAACUCGAGAGUGUAAAGAAGUCAUUUUUCUGUUACAUUAGUGCGUUUUGGGUGUAAAUAUUAAGUUAUUGAAUCUCUCGCUGUGGCUAAAUUGCAAACUUUUGGCAGCUAAGCAAGAAAAAAAUGACAGUAGGAAGGUGUUGCACUUGGUUUUGGAACAGGUUUAAGGUGAGCCAAUUAAAAUUCAUGCAGAAAGAACGUGGAUUGCAUCGAGAAGUAAUUAUGGGGAUAAAUGUUUUUUCUUAUUUUAAAUACAAUGUUUUGAUUUGAUUGCUUUGCCUCAAAAAGGCUGUUGCUGUAAAAAUCAAAAAAGGGGGCAAUGAAAAUAAUUGCAGAUACAAAAAGGAUAUUAGAAAGAUUAAGGAUGUCUUGGUAGGGAAACCAGUAAGAAGUGAUGCGAAGAGAUUUAGCCUGUAUCCUAGAAAAUAAUGGAAUAAUAGGAGGAUACAAGACAAUUUUAUUCUUUAAACUCCUAUUUAUAGAAGUUUGUGUUCACCUGUUGAUUGGGCUGCUCAGGUCUUCCUACUUCUGUUUCCUUUAAAGCAUUUGAGGGCAGUUAGGGAAAAAAAUGUAAAAGCUAUAUUUGUGGAUAGAAUUAUGCGGAGGGUUUAAGUCCUCAUUCUUUAAAGCCCAGAGUAAGCACUAGGCAGAGUUGGGAGGAAUAUUUGCCCACAAGCAUGUUGCUAGUAUAGCAUACCAGCUAUAGCAAAACACAAUUUAGCUUCUAGCAUUGGUUCCAGAUGCUUUUCUAUUCUGAUGCUAUUCUGUUCUUGGCUUUUCUGAGAAAGAAACACUCUCUCCUUUUUUUUUUUUUCCCCUUGUAUUUUAGCGUAUUCUCUGAAAGUCUUCAUAAUUUUAUCUUUCUUCCUGCUUUAGUCUCCUUCUUACCCUAGGAAACCUUACUGAGGAAGACUUGAAGGCCAGCUUUUCCAUGCAGACAGAAACAGUUAUGGUCCUGGUUAGCUUCAGUGCUGCCAAACAGAAACUUGGGAGAGAGCAAGGAGGUUGGAAAACGUUGUCACUUGUAAUGCGUUUUUUACUUGAGGAAGUCGAGAGCAGAGCUAUCAGUCCCCUUUCCAAGUGAGCAUUUUUACCAGCAGAAGGGGGUGAAUGGUGAUGGGGAAGGGUUCUUCCAAGUGACUAAAUAAUUCAUAAAGAGGUAAACAGAAUUAGGCUCUUCAGCUGUGUGAGUUGGUUUUCUUGGUUUUAUUGUUUAUUUGUUCUUUGAAUUAAACACUGAUUAAAAAAUUGUGUGUAAAAAGUGAAAUUAAACAAGAAGUAGCAGUGGACAGGUAGAUUUGUUAAACAUUAACAUGGUGUAUUUAUUUUGGUUAAUAGAGAUGUACCAUCUGAAACGUGCUUCAUUGGGGAAUCCAGAAUUUAAACAAAGAAUUUUAAUAAUGCAUAGCCGUAAUAACAGCCCAGGGAAAGACUUGGCAACUUUACAAAAAGAAAUAUAUGCAUUUUCUCAAUGCCUACUUGGAAUUCAUUCCUCAGUUCAGGAUCUGGUUGUGACAGACUAUUGGGAAUUUUGAUGAAAUCUUGUUGCUUUUUUUUAGGGAAUUGUCUAGUUCCUGGUACUACAUCAAGAGCAGAGCUGUAAAUAUGUGAUACAAGAAAAACACAACCUAUUAGAGGAAAAAACAUAGAAAAUUUUGGAUGUGCUUGCUGUUGCGUAAGGGGAGACUGAUGUCAUGUGAGGAGGAUUUCCAUCAACCCUGGAAAUUCAAUGAUUUCUUGAGUGUAAAUUACCUUCAGAAAGGCAUAACUCUGUGUGUGUAUAUGUAUAUACACACUUAAAAAUUAAUGCUUCAGAUUUUUUGUUUGCUUGUUUUUAAGAAUUUUUAUCCAGGAGCAGAUUUGCAAGGGUUUUUAAUUUGCUCCUAAUUUGAAAGAAGGAUGAAACUUGAUGCAUGGUUGGACGUGGUGCUUAGGGACAUGAUUUAGUGAGUGACAUUGGUAGGAGGGUGAUGGUUGGACCAGAUGAUCUUGGAGGUCUUUUCCAACCCUAACGAUUCUAUGAUUCAGCCUCAGAAUAUAUUUUUUUGCUAAAUUCCUUGCAUCUGGCAUGAAGGAAUUUCAUUAGACCCGUGUUAAGACUUAAGGAUGGAAUUUCUGGUUUGAUUACUUCUAAUAAUGUAUCUGAAGGAUGAAUUUCCUUUUUUUCUAAGCUAUACUUAUGAACUUCUGUUAGUAAAGAAGCACGUGAAUUACUGAAGAAAAUAAGGAAAACAUCAGAACAAGUUUUUGGAAAUUGAUAGAUCUGUGGGUAAGAGAAGAUGGGUUAGUUCCUUCACCAGAAACAGACUGAUUGGAACUUGAGACUCUGACCAGCCUUUCAACAGGGAGAAGUUCAUAGCUUGCUUUUACUGAUUGCUAGCGUUGAUUUGUAAAGUCAUUAACAUUAUGUGUAUAAUAAAAGAAGAAAAGUUUUUUAUGGGAAAAUAUGUGGAAGUUGUUGCCAAAACAGUAAAAAAACAGUGCAAGUAGCACUAGUUUUGUGUGUUUUUUUCCCCCACUUCACAUGGGUCUAAUCACUGGUAUAUGUCGCUUUGUUCUGAGCUAAUAAAGUUCAGUGGAAGGUGGUAUAAAGCUUGUAAAGGGUCAUAACAGAACCCAGCAGUUGCUAUGAAAAAGUUGUAGAAUCAUCAAUAUUUUCCAUUUCCAGCAGACCAGGUUUUGAUGGGGGACUUAAGAACGGACAGAGCUGCCAGUUAGGCUUUUUACCUACUGGGGUAGAUUUCUAUCCUUUGACACCGAUGUUGUCUUGUCUAGUAGGGGUCUGUCCGACUGUUGGGUUCAGCCAGAACAUACUUCAGCUGCAGCUUCUUCCUAACCUCCUUCCCCAAGAGAGUACAACUUGCUAUAAAUAUGUGUGGUGUGUUUUACAGAAGUCAAAGGUCUGCCUGGCUCCUGGUUCCCGUUUACUAUUAGUCUUUCCCAAACUGAGGUACCAAUUGAGUCUCUCUGUCAUUCCCUCCCCUUCUGCAGCCUACUUAUUCACCACGCGUAUAAUCUUUGGACUUGUUUGGCAAAGUAGUUUGCAAAAGUGUGUGAGGACCUUGAUUUUUUUCGUAUGUGUUAGUAAGUGAAAUGGAUUUGCGGAAUGAAAAUUAAGUCUCCCAUAUGAAUCUCCUAAUCUCUGUUACUUUUCUCCUACUGCCAAUGGCAGUGCCAAAAUUCACCAGAUUUUUUGACCAACGCAUGGCUAUUCAGUAUCUCUAAGGUUUUUAUUUUUUUUUCCCAGUGCAGUGGCAAAUAGGUUAUUACUGUAACUAGAAGGGACGGAAGUUUACCUAAGCAGGGGAACAAAAAAAACUUACACAAACCCAGCAAGGUCACAUUUUGUGCUGAGAAGACUUGCUGUGUUCCCACUGUAAAUUCUCCGCUGUGAGCAAUUAUAAACAUCCCAUCUGUGGGAUUAGUUUCUUUCCCUUUACCCCUUCUUUUACUUCCACAAUUCAACACAGCUAGGAUUGUUGGUUUCUGACCCAAAUGAAUUUGUCACAGACCAAAAAGAAAAAUGAGAGUAAGAAAAGGGAGAAGAAAGCUUGUUAGGAAAUAUUUCUUUGGAAAUUGCUUCACCUGCCUCCUUAAUCUGUUUAGGAAUGUCUCAGUUUUUCAGCCACAGCAGCCAUAACCCACCGUCAUCUUUUACAUUACCAGCAAAGGUGGUUUUGCAUUGAGAUGCCAGGCUGUGAAAUACAGCAGCUGAGCAUGGACAAGCGUCUUUCCCUGUGAGCUUCAGGCAGAGGAGAAAGACAUGUCUGGAAAUGAUAUCCUAUCAAACCACUGCAGCCAAGCCUUGGGAUGGCCGCUGCCGGUGGUUUUAGUUAGUGCUUAACGUGGAGCAUCUCUUCAGGAGACCUGAUAAUCUGUGCAAUAUCUGCACAUGAGGUUUUUACAGUCCUUGGGUUUAAUGAUGUUCUGAGAUGACAUGUUACGGAGCCGUAGCUGCAAUUCAAGCAGUCCCCGUGGGGUUUUCAAUAAACAGCCUGUGAGUAACUUCUGUGCCUCAGUGUAAGUCAGUGGCAGACUGUCAGGGAUUUCAGCAAGGUCGACUGACUCUCCAACAACUUUUGAUCUUUUCUUUUUCUUUUGAUGUUGUACUCUUGUCCAGCAAAGUUAGUAAAAGCUACAUAUGGCUAAGCUUGCAUUAAGAGGAAAGAGGAUUUCUUCUUUAAAACUUGAAAAUAAUUGAGGUGAUGUUUGAAUGAUCAACCCAGCCAAUAUUUUAAGGUGUGAAAUGUUGACACCCAACACUGAGUAUUUCUUCUCUGCUUUUUUAGGUGGCUGUGCUUUCCCAUUUUUAUACACUUGACCUACUGUUAAGGAAAUCUGUUCUAUGUUUAAGCCCUAAGUAAGCUAAUGACUGAAAAUUAGUCUCUUUUCUUAUUUAAAUGAUUUGGUUGGCGUAGAUUAUAUCCUGUUUAUUUCAGAAAGUAGCUGUUAAUAAAAUCAGGAUGCGUUUGCAUCUCAAGGAACAAUUUCUGCCUGAGACUCGCUAAAUUGUUCAGACUUUGAUUUUAUGCUUUGAAACAUUGAUUAAGUAUAUUCACUCUGAUUUGCCUUAAUCUGAUUGCACAUCGAGAAGUUUUCUUCUGAUGUGGUGCAGCCACGUCUGGUGUAAGCGGGCCUAAUUAACACCGCUUAGUGAUUUGAGCCCCCUGUCAAAGGCUGUUACAUUAGCGAGAAACAUAAGGAGUUAAAGCUGAAGCUGUGACCUCAUCUCUAUUCAUGUUACACUGGAGUAUAAACUCCGCUGAAAGGGAUUGUUUAACCGCAUCGCCGUCUUUUCCGCUGCUCGCUGAUUUGCUUUAAUUCGCCUCGGAUAUUUAUAGCGAGCUCCUUCUGCACAACUGCUGCGGGAGGGGUUGUGGGAACACCGGGGGCAUGGGGAGCCGUGCUGACAGCAGUUGCGUGCGGGAACACCGAGGCUCAGACACGUCUCUCUACCUGCUUUCAACUUUUUUAUCGCUUUCCCUGUGAAAACUGGGGCAGCGUGGAGGAGGGCAGGAGCUCCCUGGCCACCUCGCUUAGCGCUGCGCCUCGACUGGGGAGCGCCACUGCUGUCGCUUUAACGUUGGCACCGCGCACGGUACAAUAGGUGUCACUGUGCGGCUGGCUCCAAUCGCUUGCCGGUGACUUCAGCCAUUGGCUCCGAGCGCUGGCUGACUCCAUCUGCAGGGCUGCAACACCGGCUCUCUCUUCGGAUCCCUCCAUCGCACGAGUUGGGCGCGCUGAGCGGUGCCACAGCACGCCGCCGAGCAUCCCUCGGGGAGCCGCUGCCCUAGGCUGCUGGCAGGGCGCAGCGCUUUCGGGUGCUUUCACGGCCGCGAGAGCUGGGAAGAAAGCAAACUGGCUGGAAUGAUGGGGAUGUGCUUAACGAUUCAAGUACUGGAUCAAACUUAAAGGCAGUUUUCUCGCUCGGUAUGCUGGAAAGGUCACCUUGCCUCGCUGGAGGAGAAACAAACUCUCAGCUCUGCUGCCCGCUGUUUAACAGCUUACAUGUGCAUUUUUUAAUGUUCUUAGCUAGCGAGGCUAUCUAGCUGUACAGAUAAGUAUACUCAUGGUAGAUGAGAAAGGAAAGAACAUGAAAUGUCUCACCUUCUUCUUGAUGCUUCCAGAGACAGUCAAGAACAGGUCCAAGAAGAGCUCUAAGAAAGGAAAUAGCAGCAGCAGCAGUAGUAGCAGCAAAUUGCCUCCAGUUUGCUAUGAAAUCAUUACCCUGAAGACCAAAAAGAAGAAGAAGAUGGCUGCUGAUAUUUUUCCCCGAAAGAAACCAGCCAACACUAAUACAACUGCUGUCCAGCAGUACCACCAGCAAAAUCUCAACAACAACAACACUAUUCCUGCACCAAACUGGCAAGGACUUUAUCCAACCAUCAGAGAGAGAAAUGCAGUGAUGUUCAACAACGACUUGAUGGCAGAUGUUCAUUUUGUGGUCGGGCCACCAGGUGGGACCCAGCGGCUGCCAGGACACAAAUAUGUCCUGGCUGUUGGGAGCUCGGUAUUCCACGCGAUGUUUUACGGAGAGCUUGCAGAGGACAAAGAUGAAAUCCGUAUACCAGAUGUUGAGCCUGCUGCUUUUCUCGCAAUGCUGAAAUACAUCUAUUGUGAUGAAAUUGAUUUGGCUGCAGACACCGUACUGGCCACUCUCUAUGCUGCCAAGAAGUACAUCGUCCCUCAUCUUGCCCGUGCCUGCGUUAACUUUCUAGAAACAAGUCUAAGCGCAAAGAACGCCUGCGUGCUGCUGUCCCAGAGCUGCCUGUUUGAGGAACCUGACCUGACCCAGCGCUGUUGGGAAGUGAUUGAUGCCCAAGCCGAGCUAGCUUUGAAGUCUGAGGGCUUCUGUGACAUUGAUUUUCAGACGCUUGAAAGCAUUCUCCGAAGGGAGACUCUGAAUGCCAAAGAAAUUGUGGUUUUCGAAGCGGCUCUGAACUGGGCCGAAGUGGAGUGUCAGCGACAGGAGCUGACGGCUACCAUAGAGAACAAGCGCAAAGUCCUGGGCAAGGCUCUGUACUUGAUUCGCAUCCCCACCAUGGCACUCGACGACUUUGCGAAUGGCGCUGCUCAGUCUGGGAUUCUGACCCUCAACGAGACCAAUGAUAUCUUCCUUUGGUACACGGCUGCCAAAAAGCCAGAGUUGCAGUUUGUCAGCAAGCCCCGGAAAGGGCUCGUUCCUCAGCGGUGCCACCGCUUCCAGUCCUGUGCUUACCGCAGCAACCAGUGGCGCUACAGGGGCCGGUGUGACAGCAUCCAGUUUGCUGUUGAUAAAAGAGUGUUUAUCGCUGGCUUCGGGCUGUACGGCUCCAGCUGCGGAUCAGCAGAGUACAGCGCCAAGAUUGAACUCAAACGGCAAGGAGUUAUCCUAGGCCAGAACUUGAGUAAAUAUUUCUCAGAUGGUUCUAGUAACACUUUUCCCGUGUGGUUUGAAUAUCCAGUGCAGAUUGAGCCUGACACCUUCUACACAGCUAGUGUGAUUCUGGAUGGUAAUGAACUCAGCUACUUUGGACAGGAAGGAAUGACAGAAGUUCAGUGUGGGAAAGUGACUGUGCAGUUUCAAUGCUCUUCGGACAGUACAAAUGGCACUGGGGUACAGGGGGGGCAGAUUCCCGAACUGAUAUUUUAUGCUUGAAUGGAAGUGUGUGGAGACAAAAGCAUUUUCCUAGGAAGAACCUGCCUGGUUCAGACCUACCGAUGCUUAGCUUUCUGUCUGCAGAUACGUGACCAGUACAGGUAAUAUGUCACAAACGCUGUGGGCAAGUUACUGGCUUGCCAUACUUGUAGCAUUGUUGGUGAUAAAGUUUAAAUGUAAUAUUCAACUUCAAACUGGAAGCUCUUUGGGAACACAUAAAUGUUAAAGGCUUUGUAAGAGAGGUGCCUGUUUGCUGGUGAUGCUGAUCCUUGCUUUGAUGCAUCUGUGAAUCACCAGAGGAUGCCCCCCUCUUGUAUCUCAUGGAUUCUAGGACUCCUUCCACUAAACACUGUCUCUGUUGAUCAGUUUUCUUUCUCCAUUUCCUCCUCUCUGCUUGUAAUUAUUAGGGGAGAUAGGGAUAGAAAAUGAAAAGCCUUGUUUUAUAGUUCUCUUCUGUCUGCUCUUCAAACUUGAGAGAUUCCAAUAUGCUGAGCCGCUUUUAAUCGUGGGAGCUGAAAGAAGUGCUUCAAUUGUACACCGAAAAAAAUAUAGGUUUAUACCUUCAUCCUGUGAGAUUCUUCUGUGGCCAGCUGUUGGGAUGGUUGCAGGGGAAGAGGAGACAGUAAGCAGUUUUCAGGAAGCCACGCAGCGUGCUGACCACAGUGCAUGGACAUGUUUACAGUGAGGAGGGAUCUGGGCUUGGCAGCUUACCCUCAGAGUUCAUCUAGGAAACCCACCUACAAGGCAAGGAAGUACUUGAACAUGUUCAAAUUGUACAUGCAGGUUUAAGCCUCUACUCCCAUGACCUAAUUUUGCUACGUUGUAGUUGAUUUCCUAUUUAAAUAGAUUUUCUUUGAACCCACACAGAAUAAAUGGGGGGUUAAUAUCUAGAAUUCAAUACAGGACAGUUCUGUUUGAUUUCGGUUUUGUUCUUAUUACUUCCUCCUAAAUGUUACAGAGACAGAUUGUAGAGGAACAAAAGAAUGUACCAAUCCUGACUUGGACUUUUUUUCCUGUAAUACGAGCUUUUUUCUUUUUAUAACCAUACAUUAUCAGUGGAAUUUAGACAAAGACAAGAAGAUUCCCAACUGUGAUCAUGUUACAGUUAGCCUAUAUCAUCAGAUAAAAGUAAGGAGGAGAAAGUCUUCUCUAAUGUGCUAAUGGUGUAUCUCUUGCAACUGCCUGUAUUUAAACAUCAAUCAGGGGAUUAUGCAGUGUGGAACCUUUCCCUUAUCUGAAUUCUUUCUCAAGCUUCCUGUCAUAUGUCUGCAUCGUUUCUGGAAAAGUAUUAGGGAUCACAACUCUAUCAGGGAAGGAAAUCAGUGUAAAUGAGAGGUACAGGUACUAUUUAAACAUGAGAAAAUCUUUCAGCCUUGCAUUGUGACAGUUGCAUCUCGAAGGGACACUACCUACUGUAAUGCAUCUCAUUCUUAUUUCAUCUCUGAAGUGGGUUCUUUUUGUUGUGUAUGUUUUAAGAAAAUGAGAUGACCAAAUGAUUCUCUAGACAGUCUCAAGGUUAAUGUUAUAUCAACACAUUAAUGUAGCAUAACCCUAUAUUCACUUGUCAGUUUUAUAAUAAAAAUGUUUUCCCAUAUGAUCUCUUACCAGUUCGAUACUAUUACUUUUAAGUGUUUCCUGACAGUUGAAACCCUGGCCUUUGGCCAUCAUAAAGUGCCAAUACAUCUUUGCAGUGUCCAAAACACCAUCCAAGGUAAGGAAAACAGGAGUAUAGACAUCAAAUACAUUAUGGCCAAAGCUCAGCUCUUCCCUCUAGGUAAUAAAGGAGAGCCAGAUGAAGAGCUGCCUACAAGUUCUAUGCUUUUCACCCAUCUUAGUGUUUAAUGUUUUAUAUACAUACAUACAUACAUAUAUGUGUGUGUGUAUGUGUGAGCAGCAUUCUCUCUGAAAUGUAAAUACCCUCAAAAUACAUAGAAAAUGUUUUGGCUUUUUUUUUUUUUUUUUUUUUUGCAACAGAUGUACAUAAUCCAGACUGUUAGUGAAAUCUAAACAGAAUGCUCCAUGGAAAACUCCCAGAGAGAUUUAAAAAAAAAAUCCCCAGUUAAUUAUAUUUAGAUGCGCAGCCUAAAUUAAACAAGAAUACAGUUGUAUGGACUGGAGGAAGAGUUGAAGAGACUGCAGAAAAGAAUCUAAGAUUGUUGAGAAGUAUCGGUCAUCUACUUGUAGACAACGUUUUGAGCAGCAGUUUCAUUUACUUCAAUACAUUUGGAAGCAGAGCAAGACGCUAAUCAGCUGAUUAAGUUUUCUUACAGCAAGAGGUUGACAUAGAUGUAAUCAUUCCGAGUGAUUAUCAGACUGACAAGUUGCUUGCAGAAGCAAGCUGCAUUCUGAGUUGUUCGGGGGGAAGAAGGAGGUGCCUCAGCUGGUGGGACAAAUCAGUGCUGCACUGGUAGAGCUAAACUGGUUCUCUUUUUUUUUUUUUUUUUUUUUUUUGUUUAUCUGCAAAUAAAUGUAAGCUAUCUGCUACAGUGGCUGGAAGAGAUAGUUAGGAGAUCAGAAUACUGUAUAGCUGUAAUAUGUAGAAAAUGAGCUAUUAUUUAAUUAUUUUUAUUUGCUGGUUUUGUUAAAUAUUUUUGACAAAGCAGGAUCAAAGCUACCUAUAGCUUAAUUCCUCUGAGUCCUUUCCAGGCUUUAGGAGCUGCUGCAUGUAAUUUUUUAUUUUUUUGUUUAAUGUGGAUGAAUAAAUAAUGGACCACAGAACACUUUUUGAUGCCUACAGCGCAGCUUGAUUCUGAGCCCUGCUUGAUGCUAACAGGUACUGCUGUACGAGAAGGUGACUACUUCCAGUCACCUUAGACAUCAAGGCACUUAAAUAGGUGUCCAGGUGUGAAUUUGGUCAGUUUAGCAGUAGUAUCCGAGCUUGAACGCAUCAAUACGGCUGAUGCUUGCAGAACAUCAACCUGGCAUGUAAGCAUAAUGUCAAUACAGAGAAUUUCCUAGGUUGCCUUGAGCUGUACCUGGCCACCUCUGCUAAUUGUAUGUUUGAUUUUCCUGGUGAUGGGAAUCUGUGAUAGAGAGUAUAAUGUAAUAUACUUUCUGCAUAUCUAAAAUAGUAUUUAAGUAAGCAUUUUAAUUUCUGCAUACAUAUUGCACUGAACUGUUGUUUAGUUUUUGUUUUUGUUUGGUAAUUAAAUACAGCUAACUUCAGAUCACAGCGCUCAUUUGUGCUGGAGCAGUGUUUGACCUUAGCAGGCUUACAGCAUUAUUUAUAAAGGACAGAUAUAUAAAUAUGAAGUACCUCAUGUUGAAUGUUAUUGUACUGUAUCUUUAAUGUCACAGUGCAGAUCUUGUUGGACUCAUGAAUGUGUAUAAUCGCGUUAAACAUACAAAUAAAAAUGGUUCUUAAAUGGU